AUGUGCUUUCUUGGUAUCCUAAAUAUAAGAUUAAUACUUCAAGUUGCUGAUUUGAGAAAGAGAUGGUUGAAUCAAAAGAAUUCCUUUUUUGAAGUUCAAUUUUUAUCAGAGGACAAUAUGAAUAUUAUACCUUGUUCCAUUAAAACACUCAAGGGGUUAUACGAUAUAUCGGGUGUAGAAGUAGGCCAACACUUCUAUUGGCAAAUAGGAGGUUUCCAAAUUCAUGCCCAAGUACUCAUCACUUCUUGGGUCGUAAUUACUAUCUUGCUAGGUUCAGUUGUCAUAGCUGUUCGGAAUCCACAAACCAUCCCGACCGACGGUCAGAAUUUUUUUGAAUAUGUCCUUGAGUUUAUUCGAGACUUGAGCAAAACUCAGAUUGGAGAAGAAUAUGGUCCCUGGGUUCCCUUUAUUGGAACUAUGUUCCUUUUUAUUUUUGUUUCGAAUUGGUCGGGUGCUCUUUUACCUUGGAAAAUUAUAGAGUUACCCCAUGGGGAAUUAGCAGCGCCCACGAAUGAUAUAAAUGCUACUGUUGCUUUAGCUUUACUCACGUCAGCGGCAUAUUUUUAUGCUGGUCUUAGCAAAAAAGGAUUGAGCUAUUUCGAGAAAUAUAUUAAACCAACUCCAAUCCUUUUACCAAUUAACAUCCUAGAAGAUUUCACAAAACCAUUAUCACUUAGCUUUCGACUUUUCGGGAAUAUAUUGGCGGAUGAAUUAGUCGUUGUUGUUCUUGUUUCUUUAGUCCCCUUUGUAAUCCCUAUACCGGUCAUGUUUCUUGGAUUAUUUACAAGCGGUAUUCAAGCUCUUAUUUUUGCAACAUUAGCCGCAGCCUAUAUAGGUGAAUCCAUGGAGGGUCAUCAUUGAAUUGACUAUUUUUGGAAAUAGUAUUUUUUUGCAGCUUAGCUCAAUUCAUGCAUGGUUCCGGAUAAUCUGCUUGGUUGCAAAAAAAUAGUUAGAAAUGCGUAUGAAUAUAUAGCCUAGAGUUGUAGGAGAGAGAAUAGAAUAGACUAUAUUAUGGAAUUUUCAAAGUAUAUAUGCAUUAAGGAGGGUGGAGUCAGGCUAGAUCUAUACUAUAAUAUCCUUAAUGUCUAUAAGUGGAGUCCUCUUUUAUGCGGGUUUCCACUUUAAGCA